AUGACAACUGCCACCAACUCUGCAUCAAAAUUAAACAGAGUACAAGCUCUGAUAAGUAAUUUGAGGAAAGAAAAUACAGACUUAAAAAGUGCAAAUAAAGAUUUAAAAAAAGACAAUGCCCAACUAAAUGAAAAUAAUAUAAAAUUAAUUGAUAAAGAUAAUAAGCUAUGUGAAGAAAAUAAAAAAUUAAAUACUUCAUCCAAUUCUAAUAAUAAAAUAAUAAGUGAAGCAAAUCAAAAAGCGAAUGUUUCAUUAGAGAAUUUUGGUGUUAAGUUUGAGAGAAUAAAGACUUUAAGAAAUAAAAUGAAUAAAAUUGUGACAGUCAAUGAAGAAUUAAAAGGAGUAAUGAUGGCAUAA